AUGGCCACAACAACUGCUGCUAGCACUGCCACCAGUACCUACCGAUACAAGUCAUUCAGUGAGUUCUAUCCAUUCUACAUUUCGCAACACCAAAAUCCUGUUUGUAGAUUGUUGCAUGUGAUCGGAACAUUCUCCGGAGCAUGUGUGUUAGGAUAUUGCAUUUCCAUGAAAAAGUUCUGGCUCAUGCCCACUGCUUUGCUCAUUGGUUAUGGAUUUGCUUGGAUUGGUCACUUUGUUUUUGAGAAAAACAAACCAGCUACAUUCACCUAUCCAUUAUGGAGCUUUAUGGGUGAUUGGAAAAUGAUGUUUGAAGUAUUGACAUUUAGAAGAGGAUUAAAAGAUUAA